CAUUGUAAGCCGACGAAGUUUACAUAACCAGUCGUAUACAUGUACUGUAUGUGUGUGAUAUCAGGGUUCGUUCAAUUCGUUCCGGGUCAAAGUUUUAAUUUAGUAUCGACCGAGUUCGAGGGAUAUUUAUAAAACUCAGCUGAUGGCGUCCACCGUAAUGACCACGCUAGCCGAUGUCCAGUUUUACAUGCUCGGUCUGUCCACUUACCCGGUCGGCGUGUCAUGUGUGGCCUGCUGUUUAGCCGCUGCCCUCGGCCUCUGUCUGUGGGGGAAAGGUAAACAGGAGAGAGGCAGGAAUCCAUUCUCUAUACAACACGUGAAGCCCAUCCUAGACCUCGUUACGGACAAAAAUACAAGAAAGAAAAUACUGAAAAAUAAGUUCAGUGUCGCUAAGGUUCCGGAGAACAUUGAUGAUAUUGUCAUUGGGAGCGGUUUCGGAGGACUAGGUGUAGCAUCACUCCUCUCCCGAGCCGGACACAAAGUCCUCGUCUUGGAGCAGCACGGGAGAGCUGGAGGCUCCUGUCACACCUUCAAUGAGAAAGGCUACGAAUUCGAUACGGGAAUCCACUACGUGGGGAACAUGGCCCCCGGAUCAGUUGAUCGUGUUCUGAUAGACCAGAUUACCGGAGGUGGGAUCGAGUAUCCUCCAAUGGACGAAGCAUUUGACACGGUGUGCUUGGGCGACCCUGAAAAUGCCAGGGUGUAUGAUAUUGUUUCCGACAGAAAGAAACUCCAGGCUAGUCUUAUUAAGAGAUUCCCGGAAGAGGAGGAGGGAAUAUUGAAGCUGAUGCAGUAUUUCAAGGAUUGUGAAGGAUUCAUGGAUGGUUAUUUCGUGCUCAAGUUUUUACCGAAAUGGAUUAUAGGAAUUUUGACUUUUACGGGAAUUUACAACAAGUUGUUUAAAUCCUAUUCAAAGUACUUGUCUGUAACAACAAAAGAAAUACUGGAACGAUGUACGGAAAAUCAAGAACUGAAAGCUGUUAUCACCUAUAUCUUUGGCGAUUAUGGCAUUGUGCCGUCCGAAUCUUCCUUCGGUCUGCACGCAAUGAUAUUGAAUCACUACCUAGAUGGCGCCUACUACAUCCGGGGCGGUUCAAGUGAAGUUGUGUUCCAUACCAUCCCAAUUAUAGAGGGCGCUGGGGGUCAGGUGCUGGUGAAGGCACCCGUAAACAAGAUACUGAUGGACUCUUCUGGACACGCACAUGGUGUAGAAGUCCAGACGAAGGAGGCCACUAUACAAAUAUACGCCAAACGAGUUAUAUCAGAUGCAGGGUUAUUCAACACAUUCUUCAAGCUCCUGCCCAAGGAAAUUGCUUCAAAAUCAUGUUUAUAUCCUAUGAUCAAACAGGUAGGGAACAGUCUUUCCUUCCUAACGGCAUUCAUCGGUUUGAAGGGUACCAAGGAGGAGCUAGGUCUCAAGGCACACAAUAUGUGGACAUUUACCAGAACUGACCAAGAACAAGCCAUGAAUGAAUACCUCGCCCUUUCUGCGGAGGAACUUCACGGCUAUCAAAUCCCACUCAUGUUUGCCUCGUUUCCAUCUGCCAAGGAUCCAUCAUGGGAAAAGCGAAAUCCAGGGAAAAGCACGUGCUUAAUCAUCACUCUAGCCAAAUCCGAAUGGUUCAUGCAAUGGAAAGAACAGAGAGUAAAGCGGAGGGAUGACGAGUAUAAAGAUCUAAAGAACGCCAUUGGCAGACAAAUGUGGAACCAACUUAUCAAGAUUAACCCUUUGUUAGAAGGCAAGGACGAGUUUAUUGAGAUGGGUACCCCUCUGAGUAAUGCUCACUACCUAGGUUCUCCUGAAGGAGAAAUGUAUGGUCUUGAACAUAGCGUAGAACGAUUUUCGCCACCAGCAGCUGUCCAUCUAAGGGCGGAAACGGAUAUACCAGGCCUUUUCCUCACAGGUCAAGAUAUAUUGACGGCCGGAUUUACGGGAGCUUCGUUUGCCGCACUGCUCUGUGCUUCGACGAUACUCAACCGAAAUGUACACGACGAUUUAACUCAGCUCGUGAAAGACAUGAAGAAAUCAGCAUAGAUAUAAACUUACCUUUUAUCAUGAAGUUUGUCAAGUUAGAUAUGUACUGUAUUAGUACGAUGUCGUUGUGCUAAUAUUUUACAGUGUUUUUGUGUAUACACCUGUGGCGGAUAUUGCGUUGUUACGAAUUGACGAAAUCCUUGGCCAUUGUUUUUGCUUCGAUAAUUAUUCCAUUGUUUUGAAUAUUAGUAAUGUACCACCAGAAGAACAAUGUUAGUGCACUGAACAUAAAAUUUCGAUAACCGAAAUCUCAUGAACAACGUUAUAGCUUUAUCUAUAUAUACAAAUAUAUACUAAUGAAUAGCCAACGACUCGUUGUUAAUUUUAUGAGUUAACGAGUGGGUAUUCCUUAAUUAUUCCGUUGCAAUGAUUUUUUGUAGUUGUUUGUCGAUUAUUUUGUCGCUAUAAAUGUAGGUGAAUCACUUUGUCGCUACAAACACUCGUUAUUAAAUUAAAUGAAUGUCUGCCCUUGGCAGUAACUGUGUUAUGAGUCUGAGUUUAUAAUCCAAAGUCGUUAUCUUCGAUAUUCUGAGGGUUACGCUCAUUACGCUCUCUACAACCCUGGAUUCUGUCCUGGCAAAAUAGAAGGCACGCCAUAAGUUAUAAAAUUGGUCUUGGGUAAAAAUCCCACUAACCAAUUAAUAGACUGAUACAUGUACUUUGAAGAUUGCAGGGAAGUGACACAUGAUGUUUGAUAUACAUCAAAGACUUAAACAAGUCUUCUUGUAUCAUCCACAAGGUGGCGCACACUGAGACAUUGCUUUUGGCAUGUCAUACUCCAGGGACGCAGCGAGCGAAAGUCAGCGUUAUAACUGGAUUAUCGAGGAUGUAAGUCGUUAGUGGUGUGUGGCAGUCAUUACGAAGAUACUCUGCAAGUAAAAGAUUAUACAUGUAUGGGUAUUUAUGUGUGCUAGUAAUUGAGUACAAAAAUGUUUACAUUUGUCUGUAAGCAAGUGCUUGUGUACUUGAAUUUGUGAGUUAUCAAGAGUAUGUGUAUUUAAAAUUGUACGUUAACAAGUGUAUGUGUUUUAGCGCGUCUGGCGCGAAGUGAAAGUUGAGCUAAUGGUAUGGUGUGUUGUCCGUCGUCUGUCAACUUUUUCUAUGAACGACUUCUUCAGAAUAACCUGGAGGCCCAGAGUACUGAGACCUAACCAUUAGGUACCUGGGACAGAGGGAUAUAAGGUUUUCCUUAAUAAAUUACUUUGACCUACUCUCACGGUCACAGGGAUCAAUUAUGUAAAUACCUUUGAACAACUUGUUCCGCAAUUCCAACAGGUCCUGGGUGAGGAAAUUUGACCAGUAGCAUGCUGGGAUGGAGUAGUAUAAAGUUUCAUUUAGUCUGGAACAUUCCAGAGCCAAGGAGAUUCAAUAUAUGGAAAUAUUUGCAAAAAUACUUUUAUUGAGAAUAUUUUCCUAUGAUUGUGCAAAUAUUAUAGGUAAGCGAUACAGACCCUCUGGGCCUCUUGUUUUAAAUAUCACGAAACAAGUGCAAGUGUAUUAAGAUAUAUCUGGAAACAAGUGUAUGGGUAUUUAAAUUUGUAAGUAAACAGGUGUUUGUGUAUUUAAAAUUGUUUAUAAACAUGUGCAUGUGUAUUUAAAAUUGUCAGUCUAUAAUUAGAGUAUGUGUAUAUAUAUGCGUCAGUAAAAACUGUAUAGGCCUAUGUUUUCCGGAAACGAGUGUAUUUUUGCCGAAAUAUAUCGUUGAACGAGUUGAUGUAUUAAAAUAUGUUACGAGUGUCUUUAAAUUACUGUUGAAUGAGUGAAUGUGUAUUUGAAUACAAAUUAUGUCAUAUAAAUUUGUUAGUUAUAAAGUGUAGCAAGAAUCAUGUUAAGAUAGUAUGAAAUCAGAAUUAAAUGAAACUAAGACAAGAUAUGAACGAAGGGAAGAUUAACUCGGAGACCAUUGAAAAAAUAAACGGAAAGUCAGGCCUGCUUCAUCGACGAACACCGCCACGUGAAUCUAUGUCGAAUCAAUGUAGUUGUACUUUCUGAAAGAGAAAACGUGUAUAGCGACAACGAAUAUACAAGGAACGAUGAUGAGGAUCAUCAAAAACGUCGGUAUUAAUAUUACAAAAGACAAUAGAUCAUUGCAGCCAUGAAACUUGUCCUUAUGUUUCAUCAUCUAGCAACGUUUAUGUAAAAUGAGUGUGAAUAUAUUGAAAUUUUCAGUAAAUGAGUUUUUGCAGGUUUACAUCUAGUGCAUGGUUACGCAAGUGAAAAACGAAUCUAUACAAUCAAUAAAUGGUUGUUUUUAUAUGCUUAUUUACAUAUCAUUUUCACUGGCUUUAAAUAUGAACCAUAUCAAAAUCCAAUUUAACUAUUGAAAAUCGAUUUUUGUGAUAGUGACGUCAUUCAUGUUAUGACGUGAUAAAUAGAACGCUGGCUUUUACUGACCACAAUCGGUUCAUUUAUUAUAUUGAAUAAAUAUUAUUAUUAUUAUUAUUUUUUUUAAUUUAAGAUACAUGCUAAGUAAGGUGAAUUUGUUUUUGCGAGGAGGUCAUUUCGUAUAUGUCUACUUUUUAAUGCUUGACAAUCAUAUUUCGUUUGAGUGCUAUCAUGUUUAUAUAUGAACAAUAAAAUAUUAAUAUUUUUGUUGUGACGUUAGCAGUAUGGUUUGCACUGAGCUAUAUGCAUAUUCUAUGAAGUGCGUAAGCAAUCCAACUACUGUUCACAUAGUCGCUACUGGAGAGAGCGUGCUCUGUUGCAUUGUAGCUUACUCUUACAACUAAGUAAUGUUACUCUUUAGCGUUUGUAGCCUGCUUUUACUUCUAUAAUAAGAGUAUUCUAUAGCUCUGUAGACAACGGAACCUUUUUGUCAUUUUUGAACCGAAGCUUUUUAUUGAGAGCUGAAAAUAAUACUAAUAUACCGCUUGUAUAAAGGAGUACAUGAUUCAUUAAAAAAUCGUUUUGGUUCCGGACUCUGCCACAUAUACCCAAGGCUAAAUACUUAACUAAAUUUCCAAUCCGACUGCUGAAGCCGUCUAUGCCUGUCGAGUGCGCUUUAAAUUGUUGUUUAUAAAAGAUAAUAUAGUCAAAUUACAAUGAUUUAUACAAAUCAAUCAACCAAAUAGCUAAUCUUCAUCAAUCAAAUGAGUCGAAUUUGUUGUUAAAUAUGUUGUCAAAUAACGCUAGUUUUAGACUACUAAGCUCUUAUUUUUCAUACGAUUCACUUUGUUUCGAAAAAGAUUCAAAAUAUUUGUCUUGACCACAAAUUAUGAUACAGGAUAUCACUGUUUUACCAAUGCCACUGUUCAUGAUGGGAAUGACUCGCACAAUUUGUAAUGUUAAAGGUGUAGAUGACGUAUUAAAGUGUCACUGUUCAUGGUUUGAAUGACUUGCACACAUCACAGAUCUUGAUGUGGAUAAACUGUACAUGUGCCGCCGCUUUUCAUGACGUCGAUGACGUUGAUAAGUGCCAUUACCCACAUUUGCAGUAUAUGGGAUCAUAUAUGUGAGUGAGAGAAAUGCCGGUUAUCUGUUUGAUAUUGACAUGAGUAAACAAAUAAUUAUUUACAAUGAAGCUAGUCGGUAAUUGAUAUACUGUAGAUAUAUAUAUGAUAUACUGUAGAUA